CGGGUUUCCGUUGUGUCGUGUUGAUAAGGCCAUUCUGGCAGUCUCCUUCCUCUCGAUAGAAUCUGCCCGUUCUCGUCUCUUCUCCUCUCUUGUCUGGUGAGUGUUUGAGUUAGCCAAAGCUUAAACAAACAGAUAGAGAAAAUGGCAUAUCAUCAUCUAUGCUCUUCACCUUCUUAUGUUUUCCAUGAUCGCCACACUCUUUCUGCUUCACCCAAAACGAGACCUGCAAGAAGCACCGCUCCUUCUUUAAAGCAGGUUUCCUGCUUGUUUCAGUCUAAAUCCUCUAUCCAAAUUAGCCAUGUCUCCUUGCAAGACCCCAUCACCCAAACGAAAAACACUCCGAAACAUUCCAAUUCUCAGUCCCCAGAUGGCAAAACCGGUUCUUCUACCAAGAGCUAUGUCUGGGUCAAUCCCAGAAGCCCCAGAGCUUCAAGGCUCAGGCAAUUGUCUUACGAUUCCAGGUACUCUUCUCUGGUUAAAGUAGCAGAUUCUUUGGAUUCCUGCAAACCAAAUGAACAUGAUGUUUUAAGUGUUUUGAGUCGUUUAGGUAACGAUGUUUUGGAACAAGAUGCUGUGGUUGUUCUUAAUAACAUGUCAAACCCUCACACUACAUUGCUUGCUCUUAACCAUUUUCAAAGGAUAUUAAAGAAAACAAGUAGAGAGAUCAUUCUUUAUAAUGUCACCAUGAAGGUUUUUAGAAAGUCUAAGGAUUUGGAUGGAGCUGAGAAACUGUUCGAUGAAAUGCUUCAAAAAGGGGUUAAGCCUGAUAACGUUACCUUUUCCACGUUGAUUAGUUGUGCUAGGGUGUGUGCUUUGCCCGAUAAGGCUGUCGAGUGGUUUCAGAAAAUGCCUACAUACGGGUGUGAUCCUGAUGAUGACACUUACUCUGCUAUGAUUGAUGCAUAUGGCCGGGCCGGGAAUGUUGAUAUGGCCUUCAACUUGUAUGACCGUGCUAGAACAGAAAAAUGGCGUAUUGAUCCUGUUACUUUUAUAACUUUGAUUAAAAUAUAUGGCAUAUCUGGAAAUUAUGAUGGCUGUUUAAAUGUUUAUGAGGAAAUGAAGGCCCUAGGUGCUAAACCUAAUUUGGCUAUAUAUAAUACGUUGUUGGAUGCUAUGGGAAGAGCCAAGAGGCCUUGGCAGGCCAAGACUAUUUACAAAGAGAUAACAAACAAUGGAUUUUCACCGAAUUGGGCAACCUAUGCUACCCUCUUACGAGCCUAUGGAAAUAUGGAAAAGUUCUUUGUUUGCUAAUGGUGAUAGAUGAAUAAUUUAUCUCUUUCAUGUUUCAUCAUAGCAUUUUACUCUUCUUUUCUGCCUGAAAUAUGGAAAACCACUCUGUUAUGUGUACGGAUGUAGUUGACGACUAUGGUGCUGAAGGUAGACCUUCAGUGCUGUCGCUGCUACAAGAAGGUGAAGAAAGUGCUCUAUAAGUUCCCUCGUAAGUUUCCAUCGUCUUUGUCUAUAUAUAUAUAUUUUUUUUUGUGAAAGGCUGUCUUUAUGUAUAUGUAAAUUGGUUGUUUACAGUAUUGAAUAGCAACAUAGUUAGUUGAUGAUUGAGCUCUAGGUGAGAAAUGGAUGAGUUGAUAUGUGAUGAUGGCUUUUGUGAACAAGAGAAAUACGAGAGCAGGUAUACGACGAGAAGGCCAACACGGUGACGAUCACCGUGGUAUGCUGCAGUCCGGAGAAGAUCAGGGACAAGAUAUGCUGCAAGCGUGGUUAAUCCAUCAAGAGCAUUGAGAUCAAACCACCACCACCACCACCACCACCCCCAAAACCCAAGGAGCCUGAGAAGAAACCUGAAAAACCAAGCCCGAAAAGAAGCCUGAAAAGCCUAAGGAAGCUGAAAAACCAGCCCCAGCCCCAGCACCAAAGCCUAUAGAACCGGCACCUCCACCGCCAAUGGCCUAUCCCCCACUUGGUUAUUGUUGCACAGACUGUUAUCAUGGCCAUGGUGGGGAGCCUUGCUACUAUGGUGGACCACUUCCACGCCCAUGUUACGAGACUUAUGGUAGACCUGUUUAUGAUAGCUGGGGCUUCGGUGGCGGCGACUACAAGUACUGUUAUACGAGUCGCGGAGAGUGUUUUAGCGAAGAAAACCCCCAAGCUUGCUCAAUUAUGUAACGUGGCACAUACUUGUGAGAAUUUCUCAAUUUCCAUGGCAUGACUGAUAAUCUUCCAAUUGUCUCUGUUGAAUAUUGAGUCAGUUUUACUCCAUGUGAAAUUAUUUUUCUUUUUAGUUAUCCAUAAACAAGAAAUUGCUUUUUCCUUCU